UGUGCUGGAAGGGACUCUAAGAUGAAUUUAUGGGAUAUGAUGACUGUCUGCGUGGUGCUACUCAACUCGAUCUCGACCUUUCCGCUUCCCGCUGGUAAGAGACCUCCUGAAAAGGCCCGCUCAGUGCUAGGAAGAGCUGAAGAAGACCACACUACCAGCAGGCUGCCGAAUCCCUACGCUGGCCCAAUGGAUUCUAACAUGCCUGUGGAUUAUCCCAGCCAACUUGAGGAGGUGAUGAAUUUUAUUCAAACCACUUUAAAAAGACUGAAGAGAUCACCAGAUAAACCACAUUUCUCCAAACGGGAAAGAAACCGGCAAAAUGCCGGAAGGAACAAUAAUUCCAACAAGAAGAAAGGACGGAGAGCGCAAAGACUCAAAUCUCGGGAUUGUGUCUUAAGUGAGAUUCACUUAAAUGUGACUGACUUGGGAUUGGGAUACACAACCAAAGAAGAAUUGAUUUUCCGUUAUUGUAGUGGUUCGUGCGAGACUGCUGUAACCCUGUAUGACCAAAUUUUAAACAAUUUAACCCAAAAUAAAAAGUUGGUCAGUGACAAAAUCAGGCCACAGCCUUGUUGCAGACCCAUUGCUUACGAUGACGACCUUUCGUUUUUGGACGAUGACCUAUCAACUUAUCACAUACUAAGGAAACAUUCCGCUAAAAAAUGUGGGUGCGUUUGAUGUCCUUGUGUGUUUGGACACGGGCUACGAUAUUGCAUUCCUGCUAAAAUGGGCAAAGAAGGGGACCAAGGCUCCCGAGGAAAGGAAAAAGGUUGGCUUCAGAUAAAGGAAGAGGACCAAGCAUACAGGAGAACAACAGCUGUGCGAGCCUGGUUGGUGGAAAUCCAGCACGGGAUACUUGGUGAAGCUACAACAUGAUGGAGCUUUUGGUUUCUACAGGAAGGCAAAUAGACAUCAAUGCUCAGGGGCUGAGAUCCAGGAUGAAUGGGAAUUACUUUACACCGUUGGUUUUGAGGUGAUCCACCAUUGGCAUAAAACUUAGCCGAACAGGUGCUUAUCAACACAAGCCCCCUUUCUUCCUUCUUUGUUUUCUACCACCCACCAUCCUCCCCAAAUGGAAGUUAAACUAUUGAUCGUAGGCUUUCAUCCCAAUCUGGAGGCAUAAUCUGUCUUUCAUAUUGAGAAGAAUGUGUUUUGUGAUCAG